AAUUUGUACACCAUAUAUUUUAUGAAAUUUGAUGGGGCUUCAUCAUUUUAGGUUUCUAAUGAUUCCCACACCACACAUUAAGGUUAAUAUGAAGAUCCUUUGUUUUGAAAAACAAGUAGACACAUUAGAUUAGAACAGAUUGUCAUAAAUAAAACGAAUAAUAUAAAAUCAUGUUUAAGGAAAUGACGAAGUCAUAGUUUGUCUGGGAAAAAUUAUGAAAAUAUGACGUCGAUGCCCAGAAAUCAUAACUGUCGCUGGCCUAAGAGAAAUAUAAUGGAUCUCAAAUCCAAUGAACUAAAAAUAUAUCAAUUGAAAGACGAACUCGAAUUUUUAACGAAUGCUGAAUGAAGGAAUUUAAGACCUCUUUUAAAAAAUAUAGAUACAACAACUUCAAUUUAUGGAAAAUUUUUUGAGGAAGAGCCGCUUAGUAUUUCAUAUAUUUCUCCGAUUCCUAAUAGUGUCUAUUACAAAAGAAAUAUAAUAUACAAUAUCAUCUUAAGAUAAGUUUAAAAACAUUCUCUAAGUGUAUAUAUAUAUGAUAACUAUGGCUAUGACUGGCCAUUUAUUGGCUCAAAUUGAGCAGAUUGCGAUUGAGCUAGUCGCAAGCAUAAUAUCCGAAGAAAAGGUCAUGAUCCAAGUACCACGAUACCUUAGAGGCAGGUCUAGUCUAUCAUAUCGCAAGAUAACGUUUAAUCAUCGCCCAAGUCGUCAUCGAUUUUGCCUGAUUGUUUAUCUGCUAUCCGAGAUACAUCGUUUGCAUGUGUUUGGCGGCAGUUGCACGGUGCGUGGUCUCUAUUAUCGUGAUACUCAAAUGAUCAGAUCUCAAUCGUAUAUCGACGCCGCGAAACUGGAUGUUUGCCAUAUGCUUAACACGGCGCCGGUUCAACUGGGAUUAUUGUCGGCGUCCAAGGGUCUUAUAGCAGGCAAUGUCGCAUUUUUGAUGAACAAUGGCGAUGUUCUGGAUUGCAAUGAAUAUUCCCGUGCGCUCACAUUGCCAACGGACUUUGAGAACGUUGAGCGCAUUGAAAGUAGCGCUGAGAUGGUCUUAAUUGUGGAAAAGGAAUCCGUUUUCGAGAGCUUGUUAUCGCAACAAGCUUUCAGCACAUUCGGCUUACGUUUUAUUCUGUUGACGGGCAAAGGAUAUCCGGAUUGCUCAACUCGUCGUAUUGUGCACAGACUCUCGGUUGAGUGCCAGUUGCCGGCUUACAUCCUUGUGGAUGCCGAUCCGUUUGGCAUCGAGAUUAUGCUCACUUAUCAGCGCGGCUCUCAAGCGAUGUCCUUUAGCUCGCACAGUCUUGCCACGCCUUCGUUGCGCUGGAUUGGACUGCAUCCUUCGGAAAUGCAAAGUGUCUCCAACGCUGCUGCGUCUCUCACCCAAUUUGAUAACAAGAAAAUUGUUGAUUUGCUAGCCAGAAACAAUCUCAGCUUUGCUGUUAGGCAAGAGUUGAUUAGUUUACAACAUUCACAGCGGAAGGCUGAAAUCGAAAGUGUUAUUGACUUUUUAAGUCCUUACUAUAUACCCACUAAAAUCAAUCGCAAUUUAUUCUUGACCUAAAGCACUAAAAUGAGCUAAGGUUUAUACACUUAAUUGACAAACCUUUACUUUAUGAAUUGUAUUAUUUAGAUGCAUAUUCUGCUGUACAGAAAUAAUACUGAUUCAUUCAAAUGUAAUGCAUACAAUAAAGAAAUUUCUAUUCUUGGAAUAGAAUGCCACAUGAUUCCCCUAAUCGAUAUUUCCAUUUAACCCGAUGCAAACAUUUAGUUGUAGCAUUGAAAGUUCACUGUCCGCAUUCGUCAGACAGACAAUAAAGCUCUUUAAUAUUAUUAUGCUAAUAGAUUCAAAAUGCUUUUAAUCCUUGCGCUUACUACUUGCAAAAAUAC